AUGAGUGCUGCCACACUACACCGACUUGCUCGUGCUGGUCCGACCCUGUUCAGAAAAACCAACCUCAUGCAGUACCGUUUUUUCCAGCACGACUUUGUCCCUCGGGACCCCAAAUCCAAGCCCAUAAGGUACAAGUACCCUGCUGUCUAUGAUCCAUACGGGCCUAGGCCCCCACCUUCAGAAAAAAUAAUCAAGCUUGCCGAGAAAAUUGCUUCCCUUCCCCCUGAAGAGCGUUCGCAGAUUGGGCCGGCCCUUGGGGAGAAGGUAAUGCACCCCAAGCUUCAGCCUAUUUCAGUUGAAGGUGUGGAUGUGGGCUCGCGGCCCGGUUCUCCUAAGGUCGAGGAAAAAAAGGCAGAGAAAACAACUUUUGACGUCAAGUUGGAGAAAUUCGAUGCGGGCGCGAAACUAAAGGUGAUCAAGGAGAUUCGUUCGUUUACAGAUUUAGGGUUGAAGGAAGCUAAGGAACUGGUGGAGAAAGCUCCAGUUGUGCUCAAGCAGCAGGUCACGAAAGACGAGGCUAACAGCAUCAUCGAGAAAAUCAAAGCCGUUGGAGGUGUUGCUGUGAUGGAAUAG